GACACCGAAAAAAAACAUAAUAAGCCAGAUAAAUGGAAAACCUGGCUGUGGGCCUGGCGGCCUUUUUCCAACUGAUGGGUUGCUACUUCUUCUUUGCCCAGCCGGAGGAUUGCUGCUCACCGGCUCCCGACUUGGCCAGCUGGAUUUUCCUGGCGGCCACUCUGUGUUUCCUUUGGGAUACCUCCAUCUAUCCUCGUCGCUUUAUGCACAUGGCCCGUUUUUGGCGGCUAAUCGUCGAGAUCGUGGCAGCCAUUUUCCUGACGGAAGUGGGCACCAUUAUCAUUUGGUGCGGCCUGGAAAGGUUGCUGUUCUGCCUGACGGAUGAGCUCAUGAAGUUUAUGCACAACGGCUGCCAAACGUCGCCGUAUGUCUAUUGGCUUUCGGGGCUAAUUACCAGUUUGGUGAGUGGAGCGGUGCUGUGGUACGUCCUUGAAGCCACCGAUGGGAUGUAUUACAUCAUGAAGUUCGGACGGGAAUUGAAAACCACCAUGAAGGUCUCCUGGCGAAUGCUGCGCUGCUAUAUCAACAUGAACAUGAGAGAUAGACGUCGGGCUUUGAAGGUAUGCCAGUUGGCCAGAAAAAUGCCAAAAAGGAAAUGCUGUCAAUCGGAUAGAGAUAGUUGCGAAUGACCUGUGAAUCAUCGAGGUUCCUGCAUUAUCUUUUGGCAUUUUGGUCCUCCCAUUAAAAGUGUUUUAUAUCCCCUUUAAA